AUGGCAUCACCCCAGGAGUUUCUCCCUACUGCUGCUGCGCGAAAGAAAUCCAGUGCUGCGAUAGAAAAGCGCAAGCUCCGCAACCGUCUCUCCCAGCAAGCGUUCCGCGCGCGACAGAGCCUGGAAAUCAACGAGCUCAAGCAGCGGCUGGAACUCUUUUCCGGCUCCGAGAGCGACCGCAACAGCAGGCUGGUCGAAGAGAACUGCAGACUGAGACAGUUGCUGUGGCAGUCGGAGAAGAAGCUCCGGAGCCUCCAGGCGACGCUGAAGGGCAUCAUUGACGCCAUGGUAGAGAGCAGAGAGAACAACUUUGAUGCUCAUGCCCGGCACGCGGAACCUGGAGUCGAUGCAGGUGAUGAUGAAGAAGGAUUGGAUCCGUGGGGAACCGAUCUUAACAUGCCUUCCUCUUGCCAGAUCGACGCCGAACCACUGUCGGCACCUCUUAGCGCGAUGUUGGACACUGAUGCGUGUCCUGCCCUCGGCUCUGGCAUCUCAUCAUCCAACGAGACGCCUACCGCGGAGACAACAUAUACGGCUGACCCGCCCGUGCCGAUAUCGUCUAACGAAGACUCUCUGGCAGAGAGCGUCGACUGGGCCGUUGGCCGGGGGGUGCAAGCAUUAUCUACGACGACAUCGCUGCGACAUAGUCCUCCAAACUCGGUCGCAUUCCCUAUCUGUCGCAAUCUCCAGGUGAUGGCCCGUUCCAAUUACUCCGAACACAUCCAUGCAUACGAGAUGUGCGCCGUGACCGGCUAUUUGGGCGCCAGACGAAAUCCCGAUCUGAGCAGUCUCAAUCGAAUGGUCUCCAGCCUCGUCUCGGCUUUCAUCAAGAUCGCCUGGGGCGGCAUGGAAUCGUGGAUCCAAUGGACCAACGGGAAAGACACGCUCACCAAACUCGCGGCGUGGCGUAUCUCCCCAGGCCCAGAGACGUUUGCGGCCAUACCGCCGUCGAUGCAGCCAACGCCGCUGCAGACGGCGGUGCCUCAUCCGCCCGUCAUCGACUGGUGCGUCUUCUCCUUCCUCCGGGACAAGCUGAUCCAGUACCACUCUGCGGACCCGGCGCUGGACGACAUCUGCGGCGACAUCGGGCUGGCGUACGUCGUGCAGGCGGACUUGUCGGAAUUCGUGCUCGGCGCCGAGCCGCUGACGGUCUACUUCAACAUCCACGACAUCAUCUCCGGCAUGGAGACGAAUCCGACAUGGCUCACCUCCAACAUUGGCCCCAAGCCCGAGGUCAAGCUGCCCGCCCCGGACCUCUACACCCUCCUGCACACACGAGAGUACGCGCACGAGAUGCACCGCCGGCUCAAGAUCGGCCAGGGCGUCGAAGAGUACCUGCUCGACCCGGGCCUGUUCGUCAAGUACCCGCACCUGUACGAGCCGAGUCUCAAGGUCGCCCAGGGCGUGCCGCUCAGGUCGCGCAACCACCUCUCCUGGCCCGCGCCCCGGCCCCUCGACGAUGUCGCCAUGAGCUGGUACCGCAGGUGCGCGUCGUAUCUGGACGGUCAAGUGCCGGCGCCGGUGCCGGGGGGUGCAUAUCAUCGGCACGUUCUGGAGGAGGGCUAA